AUGCCUACAAUGUCUGGCCAGGUCCCCCAUGAGGUUUUCGGCCUGGCAGUCUUUGUCCACGUCCUCGGCUUCGUCGCCGUUUUCCUCGGGCUUGUUCUCUGUUUUAUGUUGUGGCGACACGGCGAGGGACUCAGCUAUAUCCUGUUGCUCGGUGUAUCGACUACACUAGGCGCGGUACAGGGAGUGAUCACCCACCUCGACUACACAAUCAACUGGCGACAAAUACAAAUCGGGAGAUAUGAAGCGUCUCAGAGACCACAAUAUGAUCAAACCGCCAUGUUUGGCAAAGCCGAUUCUGGGUGGCGCUCAGUCUUGGCUGGGAUUGCUAUUUAUCUCUACAACGUGGACUCCCUUCUUGUGUUGUUCUGGGCCAUCACUCUGUUCAUCGGAACUUGGAACAUCCGCAUCAAGUCAGAAAGGAAGAGAAUCAUGGCCAUAGUCUUCAAGUCGAUCGCUUUGGUUCUUCCCGCAGUCAUGUGA